UGGCUUUAGUAAAUAGUUUAUUAAUAAUGUGUGAUCAUUGGAAUACGCUGUGAGUAAAAAUCGCAAAAUGGCAACGGAAAAUAAAGAAACUGUCUUAACUAAAGAUGCUGCAAAAGUGUUGACAUUCUCAAUGUUGCAAACGAUACCUGUAGAGUACGUACACAUUUUGUUCACGGAUACUCACAAAAAGUCAAGAAUGGAAAAAAUGACAAUAUUUAAUACUGAAAAUCCGAGGCCAGAGAGUCUCGGGGACAUCGCCUGGACCACAAGCUGCUUGGGACAUGCAGUGGCAUUAUGUGCCAUUGCAUAUGAGGAUGAAGAUUGCGAGCUCCAGACAGUUGGAGAAGUGCUGAAGAAAAUUCAGGCAGCAAUGAGAGCAGAGUGGAAGACGGUGGCUUUGCUGCCGUUUGAAAUGCCAUACGACGCAAACAUAUUUAUUAAUCUAUUCAAUAAAAUCAUGAUAAAUACUGAGGGCGUUAGCCUUAAAAUUUAUCUUGAUAAGUCCCAGGACCAUGCCGCAAGUUGGAGAGGCUCAGUAUGCGGAGGACGGGGCAGAAAAACUCAGCGCGGCAGGAAGCCAACGCGAAGUAAUUUCCUCCCUUCUGCAGGCAGCAGCAGCUUCCGUGGCAACAGAGGCCGCCGCGGUGGUCGUGCUCGAGGCCAGUCUCACCAGAAUCAGAAUGCCAGUGACCUUACUAAAGAAAAAUUUGAAUUAGCGUCUUCCAUUAUCAAAGCAUUAAUAAACUUUACAUAA